GGAGCAUUGUUGCCCGGCGAUAACUUUGCGACGCACCCCAGGUCCACCUCAAAAAGCUUUCUCAGACGGGAUCACAAACUAUUUGGGCACCCUCCAAAUUCUGCAUCGGGACAGAACGACCGCGAGCGGUCUCUACAAGCUACCUUUCUCGGCUUGAUGGAAGCGUUUCCAAGGCUUAAUGAUGGCUUCAUUACCCCCUCUCCUUCGUCUACGCCGACUUCGACCAGGAAGACUUCCCGCGCGUCAUCCUCGUCUCCUGGCCGUACCAAACCAUCCCUCCCGCCAUCUUCUCUAACCCCAGCAUCACCGAUAACGCAGCCAGCUACGCGGAACAAGCAAAACUCCGAGUUGCUCAUUGUACCCG